AUGGCCAACGUUUACACAAUACGGGACGGGAAGCCACGAACAACCACCUUUUCAGAUUUUAAAUUUCAUAAAGAUUAUCCUUAUGGAAGUAGUAAGCUUCCAAGACUUUUUUCUCCUAUACGUCGUCACAACCCACAUUCAUUAGGUUUGAUUUAUCAAAGUCCAUACAACAAAGAUAAUCUGACCUUCAGUAUAUGGAGUCCCCCGUUUAAAAAAAUCUGCAAAAACUUCUCAGACAAGUUUAGCCAUAUGCAAGAAACAAAUUGGACCUGUAAGCACGAAACAAGGACCGAGAACCUACUCGAGAGAAGUAAGAAUGGGAAGCCCCCUAAGAUUCGAUACUCUAUAAGCUCUACAUCUCGGCAAAGCUACCAAGAUCCUGCCAAGCGUAUGGCCAAGUGGAAGAUACCUAGCCCUGCUCUACCCACCCGAUACAGUGGCAAUCCAGACCCUGAUCCUGUAGCUGGAAUAGUACCCAAUGCAAUUGUUCUACCGCCCCUGAACAAGGACGAGAAGAUGCCCUCAAAUCCUGCCAAAAUCCUCACCGAUGUAAUCAAUGAAGAAACAUAAAUAAAAUAGCAUUUAAUGUCUUUA